AGGCUCUUCCCUGUAUCCUGCUUUCCAGCAAGUUUGAGACUUGUAAAAACACAAACGAAUUAUACACUAACAUAUACAUAAUCAUGGAUAGAGUAUUUUACCUAGCAGUGCUGAUCAUAGUAAUAAUGAGCAUACAAGAAGCACAAGGCCAAGACACGAGCUGGGCCAAAAGAGACGACUCCGGAAAAGAAGUGGUCACGAAUCUCCAAUUCUAUUUUCAUGACACCCUUAGCGGGAACAACCCAUCCGCAAUACCCGUGGUUAAGCCAGCCCGAACCAACACCAGUUCCUUCACUGGCUUCGGGUCAUUGACCAUGGUCGAUGACCCGCUGACCACUGGCCCUGAGUCUACUUCGAAAGAAGUAGGCCGGGCCAGGGGCCUAUAUGGCUCGGCGGGCCAGAAUGAUUUUGGAUUGAUCAUGGUCAUGAGUUAUGUGUUCACGGAUGGUAUAUAUGAUGGCAGCUCUUUCAGCCUGUUGAGUAUUAAUCCAGCUACGAAUCCAGUAAGGGAGAUGGCCAUUGUGGGCGGGACAGGACUUUUCAGGUUGGCUCGGGGAUAUGCUAUUGCACAGACUUAUUGGCUUAAUCCUGCAACUGGUGAUGCAAUUGUAGGCUAUAAUGUCACUAUUAGUACUUAUAUAUGAGCCAGGUUCUUAUUCUUUCUGUAAGUUUGUGUAAUAUUCUUGAGUUAUAAAUUUAUCAUAUGUAGCGAGAAGUAUGAGUUCUGAAAUUUUUAGAUUUGUGUAUCGGAGGUUUUCUUGCCUGCUUUCGGUGGGAUGAAAAGUUAAUUCCGGCUGA